GUCAUGUGACCGCGCCCCGCCGCCGAGCAGAGAUGGGCGCCCAGCUCCGGCCGGCCCUGCCCUGGGCCCUGACCCUGCUGCUGGCGCUGGAGCCGCGCAGCCCGGGGGCCAGGGCCCACAGGGUCCCGGGGAGCGACUUUCGGGAGGGCUACUUUGAGCAGCUUCUGGACCAUUUCAACUUCGAGAGGUUUGGCAACAAGACCUUCCCCCAGCGGUUUCUGGUGUCAGAGAAGUUCUGGAAGAGGGGCAGGGGGCCCAUAUUCUUCUACACGGGCAACGAGGGAAACGUGUGGUCCUUCGCCAACAACUCGGGGUUCAUCCUGGAGCUGGCGGCACAGCAGGAGGCCCUGGUCGUCUUCGCGGAGCACCGCUACUAUGGGAAGUCACUCCCGUUCGGCGAGCGGUCCACGCAGCGCGGGCACACGGAGCUGCUGACCGUGGAACAGGCCCUGGCCGACUUCGCGAGGCUGCUCGGCGCGCUGCGGAGGGACCUCGGGGCCCCGGACAGCCCCACCAUCGCCUUUGGUGGCAGCUACGGGGGGAUGCUCAGCGCCUACAUGAGGAUCAAGUACCCCCAUCUCGUGGACGGCGCGCUCGCGGCCAGUGCGCCCCUCGUGUCUGCGGCUGGCCUCGGCGACUCCUACCAGUUCUUCCGCGACGUCUCGGCGGACUUCGAGGGCCAGAGUCCCAAGUGUGCCCAGGGCGUGCGGGACGCGUUCCGGCAGAUCAAGGACCUGUUCUUACAGGGAGCCCAAGACACGGUCAGCCGGGAGUUCGGCACCUGCCAGCGCCUGUCCAGCUGGGAGGACCUGACCCAGCUCUUUGGGUUCGCCCGCAAUGCCUUCACCGUGCUGGCCAUGAUGGACUACCCGUACCCCACCGACUUCCUCGGGCACCUUCCUGCCAACCCAGUCAAGGUUGGCUGUGACCGGCUGCUGAGCGAGAGCCAGAGGAUCAAGGGGCUGGGAACACUGGCUGGGCUGGUGUAUAACUCCUCGGGCACAGCGCCCUGCUACGACAUCUACCUGCAGUACCAGGCCUGCGCGGACCCCACGGGCUGUGGCUCCGGCCCCAAUGCCAGGGCCUGGGACUACCAGGCCUGCACCGAGAUCAACCUGACGUUUUCCAGCAACAACGUGACAGACCUCUUCCCCGAGUUGCCCUUCACCGAGGCCCUCCGCCAGCAGUAUUGCCUGGACACGUGGGGCGUGUGGCCCCGGAGGGACUGGCUGCACACCAGCUUCGGCGGGGACGACCUCAAAGCUGCCAGCAACAUCCUCUUCUCCAACGGUGACCUGGACCCCUGGGCAGGGGGCGGGAUCCGGAGUAACCUGAGCACGUCGGUCCUUGCCAUCACCAUCCGGGGGGGGGCCCAUCACCUAGACCUCAGAGCGUCUCACCCAGAAGACCCGGCGUCUGUCCGAGAGGCUCGUGCGUUCGAGGCCAGGCUCAUCCGCGAGUGGGUGGAAGCAGCCAGACGCCAACAGCGGAUACAGGUGGCCCAGCGUGGGGGACGCGGGGGCUGAGGAGCGCUCCCCGGCCCAGGACCAGAGAGGGCAGCGUCUCAGAGGGCUCUGGGGCCGAGUGCAGCGCGGGCCAAGGGAGCAGACGUGGUGAACGCACUGCAGGCUCCCAAACCAGCCUCGCACAGAAUAAAACUGAGCCUUCAGUCUG